AGAGCUUCAUGGAUGUGAUCCAGGACCGCUCCCCAUCAUGUUGAAGUUCAUCCUGAUCAUCUCCAAGCAGGGCCAGACUCGCCUGGCCCAGUAUUACGAUGAGAGGAGAGAGCCAGCGGAAAGGUCAUCUCUGGAGGCUGAUCUGAUCAGAAAGGUUCUCCUUAGAGGAACCAAAGGGAAUGAAGUGGCAAUAUUGGAGUUUAUCCACCUGAUUGUGGAAACCUUGGACAAGUACUUCCCGAAAGUGACCGACUUGGAU